ACGGGACAAGCCGUUGAGUCGCUGGCUUUUGCGCACCACGUUCACAUCUUUAGAUUGAGGUUAUUUAAAAUUAAUUAACCAACAUGGAGCCCGGCGAAGAGAAGACGGAGAAAACGGGCUCCGUGUCUGCGGCGCAGCGGAGGGCCGAGAUCCGGAGGAGGAAGCUGCUCAUGAACUCGGAGGACAGGAUGAACAGAAUCGUGGGCUUCUCCAAAAGCGACUCUGACAACAACGGAGCUUCAAGGCGUCCCACAGAGCCCCGCUUCCACCUCGAUCUGGACAGGACAGAGCCGUGGUCCUUGUCCUCCUCCCAGAGACCGUCUCCCUUCCUGCCAGACGUUUCGGCUCACAGCAGCCGCUCUUCCACCCCAGAGAGGAGAGGCUCGCCUCUGCCCGACAGAGAGACGCCCGGCUCGUCUCUGGAAGACGAUGCCGCCGGUCUCAGGCAGAGGGCGAAGGGAGAACGGGCACCAUCGAACGACCUCAGCGGCUCCCCGCGCCGAGGCUUCCACCAGUACUUGUCUCGCUUUGACGACGCCAUGAAGCUCCGAAGUCAGCUGGCCAACGAGAAGCCGGCUCAGGACGCCGGGUCCGACUCAGAGGAGUUGGAUCCUUUCAGGAUCUUCAGGCUCGUUGGCAGCAUCCUGCUUGCCGUCUUUGUCAGGGGUUUUGUCUGCAAAUAUCUGUCAAUAUUUGCUCCAUUUUUGACCCUUGAACUGGCCUACAUGGGAUUAUCCAAGUACUUUCCAAAGGUGGAGAAGAAGACCAAAACCACCGUGCUGACCGCUGCCCUGCUGCUGUCUGGCAUCCCCGCUGAGGUCAUCAACCGCUCCAUGGACACCUACAGGAGGAUGGGGGACGUCUUCUCCGACCUCUGCGUUUACUUCUUCACCUUCAUCAUCUCCCAUGAGAUCUUGUUGCUGAUUGGCUCAGAGACUCCCUGACCUGAAGACUGCAGCACUUCCUCUUCUUCUCGUUCCUUCUAGUCCCAACAAGGCAUGCUCAUUUGCACCCUGUGGUGAUUUUCUGUUGUUAACUCUCUGAAGGUGAAUCUGCUGCUUUAUGAGCGGGGCUACACAGUAUCUGAACGAGUGCUUGGCGUUCCUGCCCUUCAGGAGUCCUUCUAAACACUAAGUUAUGCGAGAGUCCAGUGUUUAUUACAGGCCUGUUUGUGGUUUUUAGAUUUGAGCAGAAGCUCUUAGGCAGAAGGAAGGUUUGCUGUAAGAGUUUGUGUAGAAAAUACCAUCUUAGUACUUAUUUGAGCUUUUUUUUUUUUACUUGAAAUGUAAUACAAGUUGUGCUAAGUCUGACAAAGCCCUAAACAGCUGCACAUUCAGGGAAUACCUCUAAAAUAACACAUCAAACUGGAAUCAAAAUGACAGGAAAAGCCAAGAUUGUUCCAAAAAUGAGCCGGUUUCAUCCAAAAG